AUGGGUACCACUGGGCGAGUGGUUCGGCAAAUGAAAAUGGCAAGAAGGGUGAGCUCCUGUCCUUCACUGCCGGCCUGGCUGAUGGAUUGUAUCGUCGCAACUCGUCUCGCUGUCGUGAAACCAUCCGCAGCUUUGACUGUAGCCAGCUACCAGCGACUGUACACUACGUCACGGACAGUUCUUUUUCCAGAGUUGUUUCUGGAUCUUGUUGAGCAGUUUCCGCUGGCAAAGGUAGUCCUGACCAACAGGAACGCAUCGGAUUGGGCACGACGGCGUAGGGAGCGACUAGCUCUGCUACCGGUUCAACGGCCAUGCGGCUUCUGGAUCGAUGACUAUUCCGAUGAGGACGUUGCUAUCAUGUUCGAAGCCCACGACGACCUUGUCAGAUGGGAGAAAUGCCCGACGCGGCAGGUCGUCAACCCGACACCGCAGAACCUGAGCUUUGCUGUCGACAUCGUGUGUUUGCUUCGUGAGAAGCAGCGAUGCCGCAAUGAUCUUUCUCGGCUUCAGCCAGAGGACAAGGAAGUCUUGCAACUGGCAGGGGAGGGCCUUUUGCCUUCUAUGUGCAGGGACGUCUUAGAUAUCCUUCCGUGUGGUUUCGUCAAGAAGAACCGUGCAGCAGAGAUACCUCCCCCGGUUUCCAAGCCUGUGCUGUUUGGCCAAAUCCAGCGAGAAGCAUUGACAUCGGAGAACUGGCAGGUGCUGCCCACGCUGGGCUCAGCAUGCUAG